AUGAUUAGUACACGGAAGCUCAUCAGAUUGGCAAGGAGAUGGCAGAAGUUUGUGGCAAUCAAACGGAAAAGAGUUACUUUUCCAACAACUGAUGGAGGUUUAGAUGGGGAGAGUUACAACACAUCAGCAACAAGAAAAGGACACUUUGUUGUGUAUACUACUGAUCAAAGGAGGUUUGUGCUCCCACUGAAGUUUCUCAACCAUAAAGUUGUUCGAGAGCUAUUUGAACUCGCGGAAGAGGAGUUUGGAUUACCAAGUGAUGGACACCUUACAUUGCCUUGUAAUGCCAACUUCAUGGAAUAUGUUAUUCCUUUGAUCCAAAGUCACAUAACUAAGGAUGUACAGAAAGCAUUGCUCAUGUCGAUUUCUAGCAAUCGAUGCUCAUUGGCUUCGUAUCUUCAUCAAGAAGAAAAGUGCCAAGAACCAAUGGUCUGCAGCUUCUGAAGCAAGUUGUAGGUUGAUUUUGUAGACUAAACGAG